AUUCAUUCAUUUGCUUAGGACACGAGUCGUUAUAGUUGCCGAAUUUGUACUAUUAGAAUUUCCAAAUUUUCACAUAAUUUUUAGUGUAGCCAGGUGUAGAACGUAGUUUAAAAUCGACAAAGAUAUUUUAGAACAAUGACAGACGUUGCGAAAAAGGUUCAAGAGUAUAAAGAUUCUCUGAAGCAAAAGGCUGAACAUUUAAUAAUAAAGGGAUUUCCAGAAAAGAUAGUCAAAUUAAAUGAAUUGUUAGAAACGCCAAGUUUUCAGAAUCGUGAUUUCGCUGAUGUUCAUCAGGAUUUAAACAUUCCAGUACCUCCACCAGUUUCGACAGUGAAUGAGCCGAAUUCUAAACGUCCUAGAUUGGAUUCAUCAGAAGUGUCUAGCAACACUACAUUAGAGGGAACUCGGGUAUAUGCUUUGCCAAAUGGGACAGUUCCGUGCAAUAAACCAUUGUGUGACCUCAUACAUCUUGUCAAACCUCAUAUAAGGGAACUUGUUGAAGACUCUAAUUUAUUAAAAAUGUGGAUUUCAUUUAUGAUUCCAAAAAUUGAAGACGGUAACAACUUUGGUGUAUCAAUACAAGAGGACACGCUUGCUGAAAUACAGUCUGUGGAGUCAGAGGCGGCUGCAUUUUUUGACCAAAUCUCAAGAUAUUUCAUCUCACGAGCAAAGAUUGUAUCUAAAGUUGCCAAAUAUCCACACAUUGAUGACUAUAGAAGAGCAGUAAGAGAAUUGGACGAAAAAGAGUAUCUUUCACUUUGGCUGGUGAUGUGUGAGAUCCGCAACCGUUACUGUUCACUGCAUGAUAUUGUUAUCAAGAACCUUGAGAAGAUUAAGAAACCACGUUCCUCUAAUGCAGAGUCUUUAUACUAGACCACCUCAAUCUCUAUUAGUGUAUAUUUAGUUACAUGCAAUUGUAAGAAUAAUUCCCUGUGAAUUUAAGAGUAACUCUGAAGUUUUCUUUGUCUUCAAAUUUUAUGUUCACUAGUAUAUUUAUGAAGAGAGUACAUAUUCACAAAUGAUAUUGAUGCAUUGUCUAUGAAAUAGAUCAGUAUUAUAGAAGUUUCAAAUAACUAUGUUGUUCUAAAUAAUUGCUUUGAAAGAACUGUAUCCAAAUUCUAUAUUCAGUGGUGCAAGAUUGUAACAAUGUCUGCAACUUAUUAGAUUUUCGAGUAUAUUAGUGAACAAAAACUUGAUCCUGAGAUUGUAUUGUUUUAUAGCAAUCUGAUGCAUUAUUAUAUGAAUUGAGAGACUUGACUUUUUUAAGUGUAGUUGACAAUGUUCUUACAUAUAGAUUAAAUUUUCUAUUAUGACUAAUAGCUGCAUAAAAGAAGUGUUUAACACUUACUCUUGACGAUAUGGUUGGUUAAUGUAACAGAAUGCUGUAAAAUUAUACUAAAUGACGUUAAUUGGUAUGAUGUCCCAAACUACUUAUAACAUUUUUUUUUUAUUUAAACUCAAAAUAUAUGGCAUAAUCUCAUAGACGAUAGCGUUACCCUUGUAAGUUUGAUGAAUGGACCUAAUUUAUUUUUAUUCGAAAAUUUCAGUUGUAAAGUGCCUAUAAAGUUUCGAGAAUUCCCAUCUACUUUUAAAGUGAUAUGAAUUGGCUGUUAGUCAACCUUCAUUAAUUAUUAUGUACCCAAUGUCAAUAAUAAAAAACAUUUUUAUGAAUGUGUAGUUGGCAGUUUUUGUUUUCAAUACGUAUCUACUGCAUUGAAUGUUUUUAUAUAUUUAUUUAAUUAUUUAAUAUUUAUUGCCUAAUUUAAAGUACACAAGUGGCGAAAUUGAUGCCAAAAAGGUAUUCUGUCCCAAUCAUCAACUAAGA